AUGGUUGUGCUACAUGUGAAACGCGGCGAUGAUCAUGUGUUUCUCUAUGAAACAAGUGUGAACACGGCCACCGAUACCGUUAUACGAGAGUUGGUGUCGGUUUUCAAUGGCCGCUUAAAGGUUCAGCGUAUUUGCAUGGAGAUGGAGGAGCUGGCCGAACACGGUACCAUGUUGCCUGAGCAGAUGAGGCAGCUAAACGAUGAUCAGAUUGAGGAGCUACACCUUAAGGAUGAAUGGGCCGAUAAAUGCAUUCCGAUGGGCGGCUUUACCUUCAACAAGGAUCCGCUUUGCCGGCGCAACGGUCAGCAGCCAAACGAAGCGAUGCGCAAAGUUCUGGAAAAGGCUAUGGCUGAUGCCAAGGCAAUGAUAGAUAAGAAUUUGUGCAAAACGAACACCGUUUUGACCCUAAAGAUCGUUGAGGAGGCUUUGAACAUCUUGCGCGGUGCCGUGAUGAUUGUUUAUCCAAUGAAGCUGCCACCACAUGAUACCAUUCAAAUGGAAUUUAUCAAUAUGGAGGAUCUGACCGGCACUCAAGCCUCUAAGGAGGUCAUUGAGCCGUCCAAGGCACAAUUGUGGUUUGCUGGACAUCAAGUGUUGCCUGGCAAACUACUGAAGGAUUACUUGGGUAGCAAUGAUAAAACUAAGGUGGUUGUCAAAUUGAAUCAGCUAGGCGAGGGUCCACCUGGCAGGGAGCAGGUCGUAAAUGAGCAACUGCGUCGUCAAAUGAUGGCAGCUAACUUUAAGCGUCAAGAGGAGCUCAAGGUAAGUGUCCACUAG